AUGGCGGAUGCACCUCUGUACAAGCAGCGCCGCAGGUACACCAGGGAGGUCCACGACGUCGACCUCCAUGACAACCAGAAGCUCCACGUCGUUUGCACAAGCAAGGGUCAAGACAUGGACAAGAUGUUGUCCACGCUCAGGAGGAAGCUCGGCGAAAUUCCCGUCAAACUAGUCGGCACUGAUGUCGAGUACACGCACUACGUGAAGCCACAGCGGUCAGCAGUGCUCCAGCUAUGCGUAGAAAAAGAAUGCCUUGUCUACCACAUCUCUGCAGCUAAAGACAAUCCAAUGGAACUAGACAAAUUCCUCACGAAUGAUGAAUACACCUUCGCCGGAUUCGCCAUUGAAGGAGAAAAAAACAAGCUGAAGCUAUCUGGCUUGGAUAUAAACUCCGACAACUACAUUGAUAUUCAGGUGGAAUGGAGAGACUCAUACAAUAAAAAGAAGUUUGACUCUUUGGCUGAUGUUGCUGGCAGGCUGGUCGACAUUCACUAG